AUGAAUAUCAAGAUUAUAUCUUGGAAUGUGAGGGGAUUGAAUCGUAGAGCUAAGAGGGGGGUGGUUGGCAGCUUGAUCACCGAAUGGAAAGCUUAUGUUUAUUGCUUUCAGGAAACAAAACUAGAGGGAGAUAUAGAGGAGAUGGUUAAACAAUUAUGGGGUAACAGGGGAAUAAAGUAUGAGCAAUUGGAGGCUAGUGGUACUAGAGGGGGUAUUAUAAUGCUGUGGGACAAUAAAGUUUGGAAGGGGGAGGUGAUAGCUACCGGGUCUUACUCUUUGACAUGUAGGUUUGAGUCAUUAACCCAAGAUUUCAACUGGCACAUGACGGGAGUUUAUGCUCCAAAUUGUGUCAACGAAAGACAAGAAGUGUGGUGGGAGAUUGGGGCUGCUAGGGGUCUAUUUAUUGGACCUUGGGUGGUUGCUGGGGAUUUCAAUAUAAUCAAAUUUCCUUAUGAAAAAAGGAAUUGCACUAGAGUUACUAGAGCAAUGACAGAAUUUUCAGAUUUCAUUGAAGACAUGGAGUUGGUUGAUCUUCAGUUGGAAGCGGAAAUUACACAUGGGCUAGUGGGAGCAGAGACAUCAUCUAGAAUUGACAGAUUCCUCAUAUCAGUGGAAUGGAAUGAUUGCUUCAGAAACAUCAAGCAGGAAAUUCUCCCCAGAGUGUGUUCAGAUCAUACCCCUUUAAUUUUACAAUGUGGUAACUGGGAGCAAACAAAAUCCUACUUCAAGUUUGAGAAUUGGUGGCUGGAAACCGAAGGGUUCAAUGAUAGAGUUCAAAAUUGGUGGACAUCAUUUGAAAUAGAAGGAAGACCAUAUUAUAUUCUUGCUUGUAAACUCAAAGCUCUCAAAGGAAAACUAAAAGAGUGGAGUAAUUGUAAUUUUGGUAAUCUAGAGAGGGAGAAAAAUCAUAUUCUUAAUCAAAUCACUAUGCUGGAUAUUAUUCAGCAACAAAGGAACCUUAAUCAAGAGGAGAAGGCCAGGAAAGGAGAUAAGAAUACCAAGUUCUUUCAAAGAGUUGCAAAUGCACACAAAAGAAGCAAUAACAUUGAUAAGCUGGUAGUGGAAGUGGAGAACAUUGAGGAACCAGAAGCCAUUAAAAAAGAGAUAGUUGACUUUUAUCUGAAAUUGUACUCUAAAACUGAGGUCUGGAGACGUACCUGCAGUAUGACUAAUUGCCCUACUAUCUCUGUAGAAGAACAACAAGUGAUGCAAAACCCUUUUGAGGAGGAAGAGGUCCUACGAUGCCUGAAAUUAUGUGCAGCAGACAAAGCCCUGGGCCAGAUGGAUACACUAUGGGUUUUUUCAUCAAAUGCUGGGAGGAUUAAGGAAAAAGAUCCAGGAAUGAUGUGCAAGCUAGACAUUGAGAAAGCAUAUGACCAUGUCAAUUGGGAUUUCCUCCUAGGAAUUCUGCAUAAAGAUGGGUUUUGGAAGAAAGUGGAUCAGUUGGAUGAAAUUUUGUACAAGUACUGUUAG